CAUUGUUGACGUAGCGCGGGUUUUCUUUUCACUUUUGCGCACACAUUCUUUUCCCGCCGCACUGUUCGCGUCACACACACAGACACUGCAGACAGUACUUCAGUGUGGAACCACCGCAAAGACAUUUAAAAAGAAAUGUCUUUUAGAUCAAAAAAUGGACGCUCUGCUUCCGAAAGCAAAGAAUCUGAAAACCGGGAUAGUGGCCCAUCACCGUGGUCUCAGAGCAGGAAGAGGGGCGCCGAUGGCAGCCUGAGGAACAAGAGGGAGGAGAACGAUGAGAAGCUCCCAAAACACCCAGACGACAGACCUGCCAGUUUCACCACACCAGAGAGUGAUGGGCCACUGUCUCGUUGUGGCAGGCAGUCGGACUGGGGCAGCCAGGUAGAGAAGGAGGAAGAGCUCAUAAAGGAUGUUAACAAGGACAUGCACCGUUACAGGAGGAGGCUGCUGGAUGCAGAGUUCUCUCGGCGGGAGAGGAAGAAUUCUUCUGGCAGCUCUGACUCUAGAGAGUCGCCGCUUCCUACCAGUGCAGAGAUGGAGACGGAUGAAUCAGUUUUAUUACGACGACAGAAACAGAUCAACUAUGGAAAGAACACCUUAGCCUAUGAUAGAUACGUCAAAGAGGUCCCAAAACAUCUGCGGCAGCCCGGCCUUCAUCCAAAGACUCCCAACAAGUUCAAGAAGUACAGCCGGCGCUCCUGGGACCAGCAGAUCAAACUGUGGAAGGUGAAGCUCCACGCCUGGGAUCCCCCUGCCCAGGAAGGCCAGGAGAGAGACCUUGACGACAUUGAGGAGCUGGACCUGGAGGACGUGAUGGACAUCGAGCUGGAUUUCCCGACUCUCCCAGAGGCCCUCAGCAGCUCUUCUUCCUCCCUCCUUCCGGUUCCGUCGUUAAAGGACGAAUGUGCCGGUACACCGAAUAAAAUGAUGAAGACGGAGGAGUCACCGGAAUAAAGUGAUGAACACGGAGGACGCACUGGAAUAACGCAACCAUCUGAAGACACUAUCGGGUUCUUCCUCCAUUGCUUCUGAGAUCAGGAAGUUAUUUUCCCCAUCUGUAUUUAGGAUUCAUUUAAGAAACAACUAACUGUUGUUAAUCCGUGGUGAUCCGCUUUAGAUCUGCCUUACCUUCUCUCCAUUGUUUACAGGAAUCAGCCGUAAUUUACACAUUUCCUGGGGAUGAAAUGUCUCAUAGUGCCUCAAACCUUGAUAUUCUUUUUCUGCUUCCUUUUCCAUCACUAUCGGGGCUGAAGUUCCUAUGUGUAGAUUUACCUCUUGACGCUGUCACAUGCAGGCAGCGUCUACAUUGUAAGCUCUUAAAAGUAUUUUUAUGAAUGGAAAGUUGACCAAAUCGUUAUUGCACUGAGUAUGUUUUAUAACUCACUGGGCUUGUUAAAGACAUAUGUUGUGUUACUAGUUUGAACUGAUUUAAAGCCUUUAAUGUUCAAUCGAGCAUGUCUGUAAAUAAUGUUGACUAACGGCUUUUUAAUGUUUAUUUUGAAAAAAAAAUAAAAUAAAUAGCAACAUUUCUUGGAGUACACAAAAAUGCGUUUGGGUUUGAACUAUAUAAUUAUUUUGUUUUAAGUGCUGUUGUACUUUCUGUUUUUUUAUAUAUUUGUUUCCCAAUUCUGUUUUGAAAUAAAGUUUGGCUGUUGCUAAUGCUGUGGGAGAUUUGUUUGUAGAAAAGUUUAGUUCCUCCUUUAUAGUAAGCCUAUGACAAAAUUUGUUGGUAUAUUUUAUUAAUCAAAUUCUAAAUAUGUUUAUUUCGACCAUAUUGGGGUCAGGGUUAGUCCAAUUGGGCCCUGUGAGGAUAUUUUAUUUUGUUUACAUAGAUUAUAGUGUGUAUUUUCUGACUGCUCCAUCAAUGAUAGUUUUAAGCUAUAUGAUAUACAUUUUUGAGGAAUGCUCUGUAAAGGUAACUAGAAACCACAAAUAAAAUGUAGUUACUUAAACAUUUCCUAUUGUUGAACGGUGAAAAACCCUGAUGAAGAAAAAGUGUGUUGCACAUAUAAAAAGUAGUUUAUGCAGAUCGAUGCACGGCCCAAAAAAAGAAUCUUUGCAUUGUUUGGGCCAUGCCAGAGUGAUAGAUAUAACAGUGGCGACACUUCCAUUGGACUCUGUUGUGUUUUCUGGCUUGUUUUUCAAAUAUAUAUUUUCGGCAAUUUUUCACAAUUAAAAUGAAAUAAAUAGUUAUUAUGCUACUUGACCUUUUGACCUCAAGUUGUCAAACCAACUGUGCAACAUACAGAUUAAUGUGCCGCAAGUGUUUAUUUUUCCAAUAAGCAAAAAUAAAUAAAUACAUAUUUUCAUAAAAAAUGUUACAUUACAUAUAUUUUAAUUCGACUGACUUUGUUAAAUUGAAAUUGUGAAUUUUCUUGGAGUGUGGAUAGCACCUUUCACAACACGUCACUCUUUGUUAAUUUACUUGCUGAUACGUGACUCUUAUGUCUCCGACUUACCAUCUGUAAACUUGUACUGUAAAAUAAACAUUUACGUUUUUAUAGCCCA